AUGAAGCUUAGUCUCUUCAUCUUCUUUUUGCUUUCGGCGCUGGCCAUUGCCUCCAAUGUCCUGGAGACUGAGACCAAUGUUUCGGAGGAAAGCACGCUCGUAGCCAGAGCAAAGGCUACACCGACUAAGUACAUCUGUGGCGCGAAGAACAGCAGCUGCGGAAGUAAGAGGAGCAAGAAGGGAUCCAAGACGAGAGCUUGCCCGGUUAGUGGUGGCAAGAAGUCCAAGAAGACCAGCCGCUCUCUUGCUCCUGUUCUCACCCGUCGUACACUUGAUUCCGUCAGCAACGCCAACACAUAUGUUCCAACGCAGGCUAUCAAGCACAAAGCGACUGAGCUUGAUUACACCUAUAUCGGUCAUGUGUAUGCCGUUUCUAAACAUGGAUCUUUUGCGAAUAAACCUCAGGUCAUCCCACUCACUGGUCUCGAGGGCUGCACAGGUAUUGCUGUAGUUUCUGAAAAGGGGUACUGGAUAAGCCAUUUCAUGGAAGUUGCUAUGGAUGGCGAUCAACCGGACCACAAGACGAUGUGGAGCCAUCUGAUCAAGGAUGCGACGCACGGAAAGGCUGGCAAGUACACGCCGCCUCACCAAUUGUCCGAUAUCUUCGACGCAGACUCCAAGCCCAAGAUAUACAUCUCGCGCCCCAAACACAACGGCGUCAAGCUCUACACGCCUCUAAUCAAUCAGAUCAUGGCCCAAAUCAAGAAAGGCCCGCUGGCGCAUGCCUCCGAGAUAGAGUUUGACUAUAAGAAGAUGAUGGGCGAAGCGGAGAAGAACACACUCGGCGAGACAACCGCACGUGGCAAGAUGCUCGUCGAAUACACCAACGACCAGCAGAAGGACUCCAAGACGCAGUCACCGCAGCAAGCCAUGUACCGAGUCUGGCUUGAAGACAAAGACUACUCCAAUACCUGGCCCGCGCUGAAAACGCAGCAAGGCACUGCCGGCGACGAGGAAGCGGCGGACAAGGUUACCAAGAAAGAAUACACGGACCACUGCCUCGUCGACACAUCGAAAACUAUUCCCAAAGACAACCUCGACGACAUCCUUGCUGCGAUCUGUAACAAAGCACAGCUGGAUGGUAAGUACUUCUCCUUCCUGCUCACGGAUGCGUGGGAUGCUGAUUAG